AUGACAUCUAAAACACCAAGAAUCCUCAUCGUCGGCGCAACCGGCCAGACGGGAAGCGCAACAAUCGCAGCCCUCGCCUCAACCCCCAACCCGCCUCAAAUCCUCGCCCUCACCCGCUCCCCAUCCUCUCCCAAAUCACAAGCCCUUCUCAAACUAUUCACAAACCGCCAUUCAUCAGCAUCCACAACAACAACAACUACACCACCAUCAUCACCAAUAACCCUCAUCCAAGGCACCCCCGAAAACCCAUCCCCCAUCUUCGCCUCCCACCCAGACAUCUCCGCCCUCUACCUCGUGACCGUCCCACCGGGAGACGAAGCGCAAGCCAUACCCCUCAUCGACGCGGCAAUCGCCCACAAGGUACCGCACAUCGUCUUCUCGAGCGUCGACCGCGGAGGCGACGAGCGCUCGUGGACGAACCCGACGCCCGUGCCGCACUUUGCGGCCAAGCACCGCGUCGAGGUGUACCUCCGCGACAAGACGCGCGGGACGCCGACCAGGUGGACGAUUUUGAGGCCGGCGGGGUUCAUGGAUAAUUACCGUGCCGAGGCGGGGGUUAUGGGCUCCGUCAUGGGCGGGCUGUGGGCGACGAUGCCGGCGGGUGGGAAGAAGAUGCAGCUUGUUAGCGCGAGAGAUAUCGGGCUCUUUGCGGCUCGGGCGCUGAUAGAAGGUCCUGGUACUGAGGAUGAAGGAGGAGGAUGGGGUGGUAGGGCGCUGGGGCUCGCUGGUGAUGAGAUUGGGUUCGACGACGCGGAGAAGGUAUUUGAGAGGGUUGUUGGGCAGAGGAUGCCGAGGACGUGGGGGGUUGUCGGUCGGGGUGUGAGGUGGGCCUUUGAGGAUGCCGGGAGGAGUAUGGAGUGGUUUGAGAAGGAAGGGUAUAAGGCUGAUGUUGCGAUGUUGAGGGGCAUGGAGCCGAGGUUGCAGAGCUGGGAGACGUGGUUGAGGGAGAGUAGUGGGUGGGUGAAGGAUGAUGAGUGA